CUCAUAUAGUAUGGAAAUAUGAGAAAACUGGUUUUGAUGGAAUUAAUGUUAUAAUUACUGAGACCUAGUUAAACAAACCGUUUUCUUUAACUUUUCUCAUCUUUGUGCAACUGCCUUUUAGUAAAGAGGACUGAGUUUUACAGGUAGCCAUAAAAAUAAUUUGCCUACUUGACCCACAAUCGUGAUUAGAUUUUUUUUUUAAAUAAUAAUUUCUACCAAUAUAGUAAAGUUAGUAUUUUCUUUCCACCUCCCUUUAUUGCCACAUUUCCUCAUGUCCACCUGUACAAGAUCCACCUUGCAUCUUGAUCAUACUUGAUACCGGGCUGAGCCUGGUAGAGCUGUCCGGAGAACAUCCACCCCUGUGCGGCCAGCAGGAGGGGCCGUGCUGAGGUGUUCGAAAAGCCGUAAAAGCUGCUGGUGUGUCGCAAACCAGGUGUUUUUUGCUAAGGUGGGGGAAGGGACGGGAGGGGGGUGAGGAAGGGUGAGUAGGAGGGAGGCGGGUGAGGGAGGAGGUAACUCGCGGAACGGCUGCGCUUCAGACCCAGCGAGAGGAUCAUGGCGGAUGGCCCCAGGUGUAAGCGCAGAAAACAGGCGAACCCGAGGAGGAGCAGCGUAACAAACUUCAACAAUAGCUUGGAGGCCAGUUCAGACUCAGACGAUGAGGACAAGCUACAUAUUGUGGAGGAGGACAGCCUGUUGGAGAAUGAUGCCACGGAAACGGACGGGGCCACAGCGCUGGAGAACCAUGAUGCCGCCAUAACAGUAUUACCCCACAAUGGCUCCUGGAAUGGAGUGAAGGAGGAGUGUGUGUCGGAGGACGAGGAGGACGAGGAGGUGAAGGACACUCUAGUGGAUGAGAUUCUCCAGCAGAGCGACACCGCCAUCAUUUAUCCUGAAGCUCCAGAGGACGAGCAGAGUCCGGCUGAGACAGGAGACGCUGAUGAAAACGGCACAUCCGACAGCUUCUCCCACUCGCACAUUUGCCCGUACUGUUCUCGGGGCUACAAACGCAACGCAUCGCUGAAGGAGCACAUUAAGUACCGCCACGAGACCAGCGAGGACAACUACAGCUGCUCGCAGUGCAGCUACACCUUCACCUACCGCUCGCAGCUGGAGAGGCACAUGAGCCACCACCGAGGCAACAAGGAGCAGCGUCACGUUUCCCAGUCCACAGCAGGAUCAGGAGGUACAGGUGGAACCCGCAAGUUCAAGUGUACCGAAUGUUCAAAGGCCUUCAAAUACAAACACCACCUAAAGGAACACCUGCGCAUUCACAGCGGUGAGAAGCCAUAUGAAUGCUCAAAUUGCAAAAAGCGAUUCUCCCACUCUGGCUCCUACAGCUCCCACAUCAGUAGCAAGAAGUGUGUGGGAGCAGCAACUCAGAACAGUGUGACUGUAACGGUGGUGAAGACCACGUCUCCAAGCACUCAGACUAAACCUGUUGCAAUCGCUCCGGCACGACUUCCUGUCAAAGAAAAGACGGAAAGCAAACCGCUCCAGGAGCAGCUGCCCGUCACCCAGAUCAAAUCCGAACCUGUGGAAUACGAGUGCAAGCCAGUCAUGGCGCCGCCGGCGACUUCGACCGGCAGCAAUGGAGUGGUGAACGGCGGGGCAGCACCACCAGCAGCAGCAGCCCCAGUGGCAGCCAUCCCUCAGAGCGUAGCCAUGGUCGUCCCAACGGUGGGCCUCAUGUCGCCGGUCAGCAUCAAUCUGAACGACCUGCAGAGCGUGCUGAAGGUGGCGAUGGACGGAAACGUGCUCAGGCAGGUGCUGGGCUCAGCCAACGGCGUUGUGGCGCAGGGGAAGCAGGGAAUCGUAGUCCAGCAGCCUCAGCAGCAGAUCAUCAGCCUCCCCGCCUUCGUGGAUCACGACGGCACCACAAAGAUUAUCAUCAACUACAGCAUCAGCCCUGCAGCCGGCACCAACGCCGCCGCCGCCGCCCUGCCCACGCCGCUCGUCAUCAAAAACAACCUUCCCCCUGUUCCCGUUGUCACUACCACUGCCGCUGCCGCACCGACCGCAACAAAAACGGAUCAGCUCGAAACGUCCGAGGUAACGGACCUCAGUCUGAAGAAAAAUCCAGUAGCAGAACCCAUUAAAGUCACAAAGACGGAAGCAACAGCAGAAGAAACCAUGAAGGAGUCGGAACCAGCUAAAGUACCCAAAUCCAGCAGCAGCAGUACGUGUUUACUGUGCGACGACUGUCCUGAUAACCUGGAGGCGCUGCAUCUCCUGCAGCAUCGCAAAGCUGCCAACGGGGAGGCCGUGGACUCGGCCGCAUUGGACCCGUCGUUUGCAGCUCUGCUAAGUGAGGCCGGCGUGAUGCUGGAGGAGCCGCCAGUGGAAGACCUCCUCUCGCUCCUCAAGACUUACUUCGCCUCCAACGCCAACCCCGGUGAAGAGGAGCUGACGAAGAUCUCCAAGUCUGUCAAUAUUCCCAUGGAAGUGGUCAAGAAGUGGUUCAUCAAGAUGAAUUCUGGGAAAAACACGAGUAAAUGUCACACUGAGUCGUCAGAUCCUCCAGAAGAGACUAAAACCACAAACUCCAGCUCAGAGGAGACUUUGAAUAACGAUGAAAAUGGCAGCCAGGAGGAAUGUGACAGACCUCAGUCCCGCGCCAGCUCGCCGUCAGACUCGCUGUCUCUCAGCGGGGAUCUGGUGAUUGUCAAAAGCGAGCCAGAAGACCCAGAGGACGCAGACUCGCAAGCAGAACCUCUGGACCUGUCUCUUCCCAAACAUGAGAUCCCACCAUCAGAAAAGAAAGCCACGCCUCCCCCAAAGCAGCAGGAGCAUCCUCUGAACUUGACCUGCCUGAGGAAGGACGGCCAGACGCUCUUCGUCACCACGUCUCAGAGCACCAACCCCGUCAACAUCGUCACCGCCGCCCAGCUGCCCACACUAGUGGCCAUCGCCAGUCAGGGGACGGUGGGCUGCCUCGGCACCAUCAACACCACCACAAAACGCACCAUCCUCAUCCCCCAGCUCACCUACACCUACGCAGCCGCCACCGGCAACGCCGCCGGAGCCAAGACUGUCGUCCUCAACGGUCAUAAGGAGAAACGUUCAGAGAGCAACACUGACGGGGCUUCCUCUGCAGAGGAGCAGGACAGCAAGAAGCGGCGGGUGGAAAAUGGCGUCUAUCCCUGUGAUCUUUGCUCCAAGGUCUUCCAGAAGGGCAGUUCGCUGCUCAGACACAAAUAUGAACACACAGGAAAACGGCCACAUGAAUGCACCAUUUGCAAUAAAGCUUUCAAACACAAGCAUCACCUGAUCGAACACUCCAGGCUGCACUCCGGCGAGAAACCCUACCAGUGCGACAAAUGUGGGAAGCGCUUCUCCCAUUCGGGCUCGUAUUCGCAGCACAUGAACCACCGCUACUCCUACUGCAAGAAGGACUGGUCCAUCCUGGGCUCCGGCGUGGGGUCACGCAGGGGUCAGUUGGAGCUGGGUAGCCCCGGCGGCGGCACGCUGUCGGACAGCCGGACCACUACGCCGCAGUCCCAAAUGGACUCGGACGAGCGAGAGAGCGAGGACGAGGACGACGAGGCCAUGUGUGUGGACGACAUCCGGGUGGUGCAGGUGGACGACGGCGAGUGCGAGAUCUACGAAGGCAACUUCGACGAUGACGAGGAAGAGGAGGAGGAGGAAGAAGAGACGGAGGCUGGGCAGGCGCAGGGGGAGGGACAGGAUUUUUUUUGCGACGUGGUGGAAGUGGAGCUGGAGAACGAACACGCGGAGAACGGCACUUCGGAGGGGAAACGCGAAGAAAAGGAGGAACCGGCGGGCGCAGCAGCGGAGAAACAGGCGGACUGCGAAGCAGAAACAGACAAAGUCAUGAAGGAGGAAUCGGACAGCACUGAGGAGUCGCAGGAAGCUGCGAAAACGAAAUGAAGGAACCCGAUUCCUCGGUCGAAGUCAUUUCAGACAAAAACCACAUCAAGAAGCAGCAAGUCUGAAAGUUGCCUAAUCUUAACGGUCCACUACUGUGUGCAAAAACCCAGGUGUGCCUGAACUUAGAAAAAACAAAGACAGUGACUUUUUAUUUGUGAAAAGUAAAAUAUUCAUGUUUUAAAGUGUUUAUAGAAGUACAGAUUUGAAGUAGUACCAUCUAUCAUCUUGUUAGACUUGUUACUGAGACUUCCCAGGUUUUUGUUGGUUUUUUUUCCUCAGCCAGUCAGUGUUACUAAUCUUGUUCUUGUUUGAAGACAUUUUAACCUGUAUAGAGAAAGAUUUCUAUACCUUUUUAUUGCCAAUGAAUUUUCCUAAAUCAGUAUUUAAUUGAGUUUGACGAACAAAAACCUCUGCACUACAGUAUUCCUAGUUUACCUACGGAUACAUGCCUCAUGCAUCGUAUGCCCUUCAGUGUUGUAUAUGUACGCUAGUUAGCGGGAUGUUGUUUGUGUUAGUGUUAGCCUUCGCUAGCUGGCGUUCUGUUUGUUUUCAGUUUCGACUGUUAGCCUUAAGGAAAACUAGGUAUUCCUG